UUGCUCAUCACGUCUUACGCCAUCUUGGUUCACCGUUCCAUCAGACCCAUCUCGCUUAGUUCAUCCUCGGAUUGCAGAGAUGGCUGAAGAGCGCACGAAGGCACAGGCAACAGACAGACAGACGCAUUCGGUCAAUCUGUCCAAAGUCCAUUCAUGGCCCAUCUCCAUCUCCGUUUCUGUUUCACCCCGGACUUGGAAGGUCCCUUGUCCUCCUCCGGAGUAGGACAUUCGGAACCGAAUUUCUGCUACAUACUUCUAAAUGCAUUCGGCUCGGGUCUUCCAGGGGGAAGGAGAUAUAUAUGGUUUAAGACAUGUCCACAUUUGUCGAGUCUUGACAGCCUAACUGAUCCUAGUCCUUUCCGUUAUCAUUGUCGCCGAUCACCGUACUUGCAGACUGGUUACUCUAUUCGGCUGCUGGGCACGAUCUUGACUAUGAAGCCCCAGACAUCGACGGUUAUCCUGGGGCUGUGCACCUCGGCCCUCGCCCUCCCUCUCGGCAACACCCAGGAUGAAAACCCAACUACGACAACGACGCUAUCUAAGCGGCAGGAUAUCUCCAACCCCAACCCCGCUGCCACUACAGAAGGCGCUGCCCCGAACCCCGGGAGCCAGGCGGGUGGGGUGCCCGGCGUACAGCAAUUCCCCGGCUUUGGUGGAGGCCAAGGCAAUGGCCAAUUCCAGGGCGCCCAGGGCUCAGGAUUUGGAAGCUUCUUAGGAGGAGGAGCUUCUCCGGGUGGUGGAGGAUUCCAAGGUUUCGGACAGGGAUCCUCCUUCCCCGGGGGCUUCGGUUUCUCCAGCUACCCAAGCCAGGGGACAGCAGGUGGUGAUGCCUCCCAGCCAGCUGGGCUCCCGGGCUCCGGCAGUCCUCCCGGAGGCGGAGGCUUCCCAGGAGAAGGUUUCCCAGGCGGCAGCUUUCCAGGGUUCUCCAACACACCAAGCCAAGGGCAAGGCGAGGAUGUUUCUCGAAGUGCCGAAACCCCCGCCACUAACAGCCUCCCCGGCGGUGGAACUUUCCCCAGUGGAGGCUUCCCUGGAGGCGGAAGCUUCCCUGGAGGAGGCUUCUCAGGUGGUGGCGGCUUUGGCAGCGGCUUUCCAGGUUUCUCCGGCUCCUCAAACCAAGGAGCAGCAGGGGACGAUGCCUCUCAGCCAGCUGGAUUCCCAGGCUCUGGUAAUCCUCCCGGGGGCGGAGGCUUCCCUGGAGGAGCCUUCCCAGGUGGAGGACAGGGGUCGGGUUUCCCAGGGUUCUCAAACACACCAAGCCAAGGACAAGAUGCUUCUCAAAGUACUGAAGCCCCGGCCACUAACCUCCCCGGUGGUGGAGGAUUUGGAGGCUUCGGUAGUGGUGGUUUCUCAGGAUUCAACCAGGGAUCAGGGUUGCCAGGAUCCUCCAACGCCCCAAACCAAGCAGGGUAUGGAAAUGCCCCUCAAGGUGCAGGUGCUUCUGGCGCUGGUAGCUUCCCCGGAGGGGGAGGCUUCUCGGGCUUCGGCCAGGGGCAAGGUUUCCCGGGGUUUUCUAACUCUCCAAGCCAAGGAGGAGCUGGAAGUGGCCCUCAAAGCGCAGGACUUCCUGGUUCUAGCAGCCUCCCCGGCGGCGGAGGAUUUGGAGGCUUCGGAGGUGGUAGUUUCUCAGGCUUCGGUCAAGGAUCAGGGGUCCCAGGAUUCUCUAACGUCCCAACCCAAGGAGGACAAGAUGCACCGGCCCCUCAGGCUACUGAUGUCCCGGUCUCCAACAACCUCGAUUCCCAAGCGGAUGCCCCCAACCCUCCAAGCGAAGGAGACAGCGUGGCUCCCGCUCAGGCCACCGAGACCCCGGCUUCCAAUAACGCCGAUUCUGAAGCGGCCGCACCCAACCCCCCAAGUCAAGAAGGAGAAAGUGAGACUCCCGCUCAGGAUGUCGAGACUCCGGCUUCCAAUAACGCCGAAUCUGAAGCGGCCGCACCCAACCCCCCAAGUCAAGACGGAGAAAGUGAGACUCCCGCUCAGGCCACCGAGACCCCGGCUUCCAAUAACGCCGAUUCUGAAGCGGCCGCACCCAACCCCCCAAGCCAAGACGGAGAAAGUGAGACUCCCGCUCAGGAUGUCGAGACUCCGGCUUCUGACAACGCCGAUACUGAACCGGCUACACCCAACCCCCCCAGCCAAAGAGAAGGGGAAGAUCCCGCUCAAGACGUUGAUAUCCCAGGCUCUGGAGACCUUCCCGGGAAUGGCCGUCCAGUUCGCGGUGACAGACCCGGCUUCCCAGGCGUAAUAGGGGAAAGCGACAAUACUCAAACCGCCGGGCUCCCUGGUUCUCGUAACCCCCCUGGGGGUGGAGAUUUCCCUGGCUUCCCCGGUUUCCCAACCCAGGGAGACGGCGAGGGUCCUUCUCAAGAUGCUGAUAUCCCCAGCCCCGGAAAUGUCCCCGGGGGCCCGGGAAAUAGUCUCUCACAAGAUGCCCAAAACCCAGGACUUGGUGGAUUGACCGGAGGCGGCUCGGGUGAGUUUCCAGGAUUCCCAGGUCAGCCAGGACAGGAAGCCGACGAGUCUCAAGAUACUUCUGGUUUUCCCGGCUUCGGUGGAUUGCCCGAGAUCCCCGAGAUCCCAGAGCCCCCAGGAAAUGACAAUGAAACCGAUAGCAACGGCACUGCCAAUGGGCUCCAGGGCUCCUACACCUUUACGUUGUCAGGAUUUGGUGGACAAUCCUUUGGCCAGUCUGUCGAUGCGCCAAACAAUGCCGGUAAUUCCUUGACGGGCGAAUUCGCGGGCUUCGGAGGUGGACAGGAUGGCUCGAGGCCGAACCCGUUUGGUGCCGGUGCUCAGGGUUCUGAAGCUGAAGGCCAGGAUGUCCCAGAUGUGCCUGUGGAUGCAGCGCAGCCUCCGGCAGACGCGGCCGAGCAGCAAGAAGUUCCAGCCGCAGCUUGAUCUUCCUUAAAACUUUGUCGGGUCUGUUUGUUCUUGGUUUUCUCUCAUGCCUUCCUCUUUUCGUCUUUGUCCUUUCUGGUAUCCAUAUUCAAAUUGCUGAUAGGCUAUGGCCUCUAAUGGUGGAAUAGAUCAGAAGAAAGCGUGGCGGUGUUUUCCAUGAUUAUGUUAAUAAAUGAUGAAAAAAAUGACAAGCGUGUGAAAAAUGGAAGCAGUUUCCUGGCCAAGAUGACUCGAGCCGAGUUGUCAGCGAAUCCGUGUUGGUUUUAGUGAGGAAGGGGUGGCAGAC